AAAAACCGACGUCUCUCUCUUCUGUCUCUCUCACCGCCUCUUUCUUCUCUGCUUGGGAUCUCUAUCUCUCUUUCUCCAUGAUUAAAUCUCUAAAACCAGGGAGUUUUUUGGUUUUGGAUUCUCUGAAAAAUUAGCAAAGUCUUCGUCUUUUGUUUCCUGCUGUUUGCAUAGUCCUCAUUGAAGCUUUUUCUCCCAAUCUUAAUGUUCUAAAGCUGAAGUUUAAGUCUUUUUUUUCUAUUUAAUGAAAAUGAUCUUGGCUUAACCCUGGUACCAACAACGACGUGAAUGAAAGUUGGGAGAGUUGUGAAAACAAUCUUGCUCCUAGCAGUGUUCAAGAACAUCAAAUCGAAGGUGAUUGGUUUAAGGAAUUCAUACAACACCGUUAAGGCAGUUGUGAAGGCCUUGAAUGCAGUUGAAACCCCAAAGGAUGUUCAAGAGAAGUUUGGCCGGACAGUUGUUGAGAAAUAUCUCCUGUAAAAGCUGGUGCCUUCAUGGCUUUGGUAUGUAGUGUUGAGUUUUGGAUUAAAUCCUAUGUUUGGUUUUAGAUUAGUAGUGUGUUUCUUACAUCACAGCUGAAUUCAUCGUUUACGGUCUUGGUGAAAAAUAAAGUAGUUAAGAAUAC